AAUCACUCUUCCCAUUUCCUUAAAAAAAAAUUUGAAAAUGCUCUCAACCCCCUCUCCUUCUCCGGGCACCGGCCCAAAAUCCGGCAAUCGGCCACCGCGCUGGCCGCCGGUCACCGGCGACGGCGCCGCCGUACGCGGUGGCCGAAAAAUAAAAAAAUUCUUUUUUUCUUCCGACGCACUCCCUUGGCUUCCCGAACACUCCGGCACCAUCGAUGAAGGGAGUUGUUGGCGCGGCAGGGAAGAGGCCGUACGGUGGCAGAGGGUAGGUGGUGCGGCGCCAGAGAUUAGGAGGCUAGGGUUUCUCUUUUUUUGUUUAGGUCGUGGGCUGUUAGGGUUAGAUUUAGGUGGGUUGGGAUUUGGGUAUUUAUUGGGCCAUCUAUUUGGGUUUGUAAUUGGGUUAUUUUGGGUUUGUUUGCCUGGGCCGGGCGAAAUUGGGCUGCUACACAGAUAAUGAUAAAUUUUAUGAAAUAGAUUUUUAUAAUAUAAAAUGAUGUAAAAAUGAGAAGUGAAAAUGAAAUAAUUUGAAAUAGUGAAAUAAUAUUUGAAUUUAAUUGAAUACAA